GCCCUCCCCUCCUUUGACAGUUUUCUUAUUUCACCACAUCUUCUAAUGAUUUCCUCUCAAGCCAGGGGAACUAGGGAACUGGAAUUCCCCCGAAGUCAGUGAAUCUAAUGUUUUCUUUAGGCAUGUGAUCCGAGAUUGCGAAAGAUGGGAGAGCUGAGCCUACAAGCAGCCAGAGAAGGGGGGCAAGGAGAGGAAGCAGCUGACUGUAGCCGAUAUUCUUCAGAAAUUUCUCCAGAUUUCUGCCACCAUGAAGAUCUGGCUGAUCCUCCUAGGCCUGGCCGCAACUCUGAUACCAAGCUUCUCACAGGGUCCUGAGGUUACGGAAGAGCCAACCCGGGCCACUAGCAGCAGCAACAACAACAACAACAAGGAAACCGGAACAUGGCACUUCCUCAGCAAGUGGUUUAACAUUUGGUACCCUCAGGGGAUUCCAGUUGAAAAUGAAGAUAAUGCUAAGCUGGAAGAAGAAGGUGAGAGAGAAGGGAGUCAUGAGCAAAAGGAAGCUACUCGUUUGGAAGUUGCAUCUAACAAAAGAGAUGGGGAAGCAGAGGACAAUGAAUGUAAACAGUCAAGAAUCUCUGAGGUUGGUGUCAAGGAAUGUCUGGAUGACACAGAGCUGCCUGCUGGGGCCACAAACACAGCACAGCCAACCACAACAAUACCAGAGGCAACGGCAAGUACCCCUUGCACAUCCAAACAGUGCCAACCACGCAUUAAUCCAUGGGCCACGUGUGUUCGUGCCACUACAGAGGAUGAAAAGAAGUUGUUUGAGGCUCUAACUGAAUUUUCUGUGGAGUUCUAUAAAGCAGCAAUCCGACAUGAGAAGCAUGACUCUAACUUGAUCUUUUCACCCUUCAGUGUCGCAGUGAUGCUCUCCAACCUAUUGCUGGGCACCUGCAGUCAAACCAAGGACCGUCUUGAGAGGCUGCUCUUCUAUCCUGAAGGAUUCACAUGUGUCCAUAGAGCACUAGAGAGUCUCCAGAAAUCAGAGGCAUUUACCUCUGCCAAUGCAAUGUUUUUCCAACCAGCUCUCCCCUUGGGAAAUGAUUUUCGCAACCUGACAAGGAUGUUCUAUAAAACCAAACUGGCUCACCUUACUAAUAACAGCAACCAGGAUGUGACGGACAUCAACAGUUGGGUGAGCCAAAAUACUAACAAGAAGAUCAAGAAGAUUGUGAAUGAGCUGGAUUCUGAUGCCAAGAUGAUACUCCUCAAUGCUGUCUACUUCCACUCCAAGUGGAAGGAAAUGUUUGUAAAGAAAAACACAAAUAAGGGAAAAUUCUACCGCCCAGGCCCAGCUCCCAUCGAUGUUCAAAUGAUGAUGAGUAAGAAAUACCCAAUGGCCUCCUUCAUUGACCACAGCCUGCAGGCUAAGGUUGGCCGACUGCAGCUGUCUAACAACAUGAGCCUGGUCAUCAUCAUGCCCCGUUCCAUAACUCAAAAUCUCACCGAGGUGGAGGAGCGACUCAGCCCAGUUGUCUUCAAGUCAGUGAUGACCAAGCUGGAGAGCACCCAUUUCAAGCCUACCGUGGUGUACCUACCCAAAUUCAAGGCGGACACUUCCCAGAACCUCAUGGACAUAAUUGGGGAUAUGGAUUUUGGCUUUUUCUACGAUGCCGAUCUGUGCGAGAUCUCCACGGAUGAUGAAUUGGCCGUGUCCAGUGUUCACCACAGGGCUGUGCUGGAAAUCAACGAAGAAGGAGUGGAAGCGGCCGCUGCCACAGUCGUCUCCCUGGCACGCACAGCCAAUAUCUUUGAAGUGUCUCAGCCCUUCCUUGUUGCAGUGAUGAGGGAUAAUGGGUUCCCAGUCUUCAUGGGGCGCAUCAACAACCCACAGGCAGCAUAAUGUUCUCCACCUUGCUCCUGUCAGCUUCUGCCAGACACCCACAGGAUUGCCCCUGGCUCAACCUUCACUUUUUACACAUGAAGCCUUGUGCAAGUGGCUGUAACAUGUUCCUUUGGUAUUUCCCCUCAUUUUAUUCUUUUGCAUUAUAAUUUUAUCCUCCCAUUCCUAUGCCUUUUUU